GGAUUAUUUUUUAACUCGCACGCACAUUUGAAGUACUACAACACACUACAACCCUUUUGACCUAUCUCUUAACCUACACCAUGCACACAUCUAAUACCGCGAAUCAAAAUUCAUCGCCGGUUUGCCUUAAAUAAGUUGACUUUUGAGGUCGAGUCACUUUGUAUUUCCGCCCGAUGACCAUCUCAUCCAUCAUCCUAACGCUAGUCAUCAAAGUAGUUUGCGUUCAUUACCUUUAAUCGCCAAUCCUCCGGUCCGUCACCGUACUGAUCGCCUCGACCGCGACCAUUUCACUCUACGCGAUUUCACCCUUGGAUCCUCAGAAAUAAAGGAAUUCUGACGCAAUCAUCCAGGACGGGACCAAGAGCAUAGAAAUAAAUAGGAUACCAACUGCCUAGGUCUAGGAUUUAUUCCAGCACGAAUCGCGUAUCCUCGGCCCAUUAGUGAUUGGGCAUAUCCACCGCCAUUCGACCGGGUCAUUUCGACAACUUCGAACCAUCAUUCCCGGCCCUCCUAAGUAACAGGUUGACUGAUCCUGGUGUAUACCAACACCUCUCUUCAUCCUCAACCGAAGUUACCCUUCAACCCGCCUUCCAUCUUUCCAAACGUCGCCAAGAUGCCUUCAUCUCAACGCCCGUUCUUCCUUUCUUCCUUCCUCGCCGCCUUCCGCCAACAAACACCUCCGGCGCUCUCGGCAGCCUCCCAAACGAACAAACAUACCACCCAACCCUCGUCUAGUCCCUCCGCAUCCGGAGCGCGGUCCAUCUCAUCUUCUUCCCAGAGCCAAUCCCCAUCACAACAACCACAGCAGCGGACAGGAGGAGUAAUGAACCAGCUACCCCUACAAUCUCAACAGCAUAGACCCCAUCAAUCUCCGCAACCACAUCGUCCUGGUAUGCCCAUCCCGGGGUCCGGCCGACGGCGAGGCAGUGACAGCAGUAGUGAGGGCUUCCGGGAUGUGUUGGGCGCGGAUAAGUGGUAUAUCGGAGGCCGGACAGCCGGCGGCGACGAACGAUUCUUCAAACUGGGCGUCGUGAAGCGAGUACGGAGCCAAGAUCGCUUGAGCUUAGAUCGGUUAAGUUUGUGAUCGGUCUCAUGAACUUGGCCAUACAAGGUCCGGAUAGAAGAUCAUGUCAGACUGAGACUGAUAGAGAAACCUAAAAAAAGACGACUCAAAACGUUGCCGCCCUUGGACGUGGUGGGAAAACGGCGCAUAAAAUACAGGGGAUACUUUACCGUCAUACCAAGGCCCUCCAAGAAAGGAUGGAAUGGGAUGGGACCUUGGACAUAUACUAUCGGGAUUGGAUGGAUCGCUAUACAUGGCGCGGCGUUAUGGUUUGCUCUUUGGUGAAAGGCGUUCGCGGGUCUUGGGUAUCCGGAUUCGAAGAAGACUUAAAAGAAAUCCAUUCGAUACCGUCGGCUCGCAAAUUGAGCUGGCGAGCCUCAACAUCUCAUCUCAACACACGACAACCCACACAAUAUCGACAUUAACAUAAAACAUCAUUGCAUGACACGCGCGACACGACGAAAAUGAGGAAGACAUUAACUUUACAUUCGCUGCAUAUUAUUUUGGCGAGCCCUUGUACACCCGUAGAGCAGAUUAUCCUAUGGAUCCUACAUAUUUGCAUACAAAACCCUAUUUAAUCUUCCUCGUCAGCUCGAGGUAGAAGUAGCAAGGUCACUAUUUAGAGGAUGAAUAUCAAUACUAAAAGUUGAAGACCAAAAUUGAUUAUACAUGUUUCCACCGUCGUGAUUGUGACUUGCUUUGAAUAUCAC